ACAAGGAACAGGAGGAUCGAGACGGGCGUCAAAAUCCUCUGCUGUUCGUUUUAAAGAUCAGAAAUUGAUCCACGUCCAAAGAACUUAAGAAAAACUAGUUUAAACGAGGACUGAAACAUGUCUUCCCUUGGAAGCUGCUGUAAUCAUAUUCUGCUCAAGUUUCUCGCACAGUUCAGCAGCCUAUGAAAAGGAAUAAUGCGAUUUACGCGCAGUUGAUGCCUUCGAGAAGCCACCCCUAUCCUCACAUGCCAGUCUGUCUGACUUUAGAACCUAUAUUAUUGCCAGACUCGGACCGCACACCAAGAGAGGAGGGAGACUCCGAUGGAAAAUCAUGCAGCACGUUGAACCCAUGGAGACAUGGCACAUAGGUUCCUCUCAUCUACGAACAGAUUCAGCGCGAGAUUCGCCUUCAUAUUCACUGUGUCACUAUCCUGCACAUAUCUAUUCUACAGUAUUGUAUUUUGUCGCAGCACAGUCAUGACAACCCGGGGUUACGAGGGGAAAAUAUGCCCACCGAGCAAAAACGCAGGAGGGAAGAAACUUCUUGGAAAAUUAGACAAUUGCGCUUCGCUGGAAGUCAGGUCCGCUUUGGAUGAGUCCGCCGCCCAGCGAGGAUCAAGUGAUGUCCAAAGUAAAGCACCUGCCUCGUCUGGAAGCCACUGGGCUGACAUGAAGUUGAGAAACAUGAGUGUGGCGCAAAAAUAUGGGAAUAAGAAACUGCCUAAUGCGUUAAUAGUCGGUGUAAAGAAAGGAGGCACCAGGGCGGUGCUGGAGUUCAUCCGGAUACAUCCAGAUGUGCGCGCGCUUGGAACAGAGCCGCACUUUUUCGACAGAAACUAUGACAGAGGGCUCGACUGGUACAGGGGCCUAAUGCCACGAACAUUAGACAGCCAGAUCACAUUAGAGAAGACACCCAGCUACUUUGUCACCAGAGAGGCUCCCAGACGCAUCUGCAGCAUGUCCCAGGAGACCAAGCUGAUUGUGGUGGUGCGUAACCCAGUCACAAGAGCAAUCUCCGACUACACACAGACUCUUUCCAAGAAGCCCGACAUCCCUACGUUUGAAGAUCUGGCCUUUAAGAACAGAAGUGAGGGUGUCGUCGACGCUUCCUGGAACGCCAUCCGGAUCGGGAUGUACAUUCUGCACCUGGAGAACUGGCUGCAGUACUUCCGCCUGUCGCAGAUGCACUUUGUGAGCGGCGAGCGGCUGAUCACGGAUCCGGCAGGGGAAAUGGGCCGCGUUCAGGACUUUUUAGGACUGAAGCGCAUAAUCACGGAUAAGCACUUCUACUUUAAUCGAACCAAAGGCUUCCCCUGCCUGAAGAAGCCGGAGAGCAGCAGCCAGCCACGCUGCCUCGGCAAAUCCAAGGGCAGGACUCAUGUUCAGAUCGAACGGGAGGUCAUAGAGCAGCUGCAGGAGUUUUAUAGGCCAUUUAAUAUCAAAUUCUUUGAAACUGUGGGGCAAGACUUCAAAUGGGAAUGAAAGUGCCAAACAGAAACACAGCUGUUUUCAAAAUGGCUGCCUCUGGAGAGAAAUAUAAAUGAUGGUAAAAUGCAAACUGUUUAAAUGAAGUGUAUUGAGCUAUGUAUGACAAAAUCUAUAUAGAAGAAUAUAUAACUUAUUCAAAUAUAAACAUAUACAUGGUUUCACAUCGUGCAGACUUUUGGGUUUGGUUCAUUCUCAUAACAAAUGCCAUUUAUUUACCACAAAAAUAUUAAUAUAUGUACAAAAACACACAAAAAAAAUGUUUUCUACACACAUGACAUAUGUGUUCAUGAACAGGCAACAAGCAUUACUUUAUUAAGUAAAUAAUUUAGCAGCAAACAUCACAAUUCAGCCACACCAGACCUACAUUAAAGAAAAUGCUUAAAUAUCCAUCUGGAAAUGAACCACCGGCUUUCCUAUUAAAAUGAGCUCUCGACGUGAAGUCGCAGCCAAAUGUCAAAUGAAUAAUAAAAUCAGCCUGUCAAUUGUUCUGCAGAGAAAUGUAUCUCCUUACUGCUGACCAAAGUUCAUAGCCAACAGUGACAGAUUAACUGAGUAAAUGUACCGUAACAAAAAAACAGCUAUAUUUCAAAACAGAUGAUAUAACACUGAUAAAGGUUUAACGUGACUUCAGCUAUUUCUGUGUCCGUGUUUCUGUUGUGAUCAUCGAAAUAAAAGGCAAAACUCUUAAA